UUAACAGACACAGGGACUCCUGGGUAUACAGAGACUGUGUUUGAAUACAUGAGGCACCUGGCAGUAGCAAUCCUGGCGUCUGCGUUCCUGGUUAUACUGUGCAAUGCAUCAUGUGUUAAUGAUAAAAGACUGAGAGCAGCUCGACCAGGACCUUCUGAUAAUAGCUGCCUAGAUACAGAAGGAAAAUCUCACGCUUACAAAUCAACGUGGGAAACGUCCGACUGCAUGAAAUGUAACUGUACAGAAACUGGCAUAACCUGCUGCACCAAGAUGCGCAGGCCUGUUCUGUUUAACCCAGAUGACUGCGAGGCUGUGCUGAACAAGACUUCGUGCACUUAUCAGCUGAGGAGAAAAGACAACCCCUCUGAGUCCUGUAACAUCACAGCUAUGAUAUGACCGCUGCUCUGCUAAAUUAGUACAAGGAACAAACAAAACCAAGAAAUGCUAUUUUUGAUAGAAAUAUGUUUAUAAAAAAAUACAAUCUGAAGUAAAUACA